AUGAAGUUUACUCAAUUGUUGACUGCUGGUGCCUCUAUCAUGGCUGUUGCCAAUGCCAUGGUUAUCCCUCAAUCCAAUGAGCCUGUUGAUCUUUCUGCCCUUGAAAACUUUGAUGCUGAUCUUUCUGUCCGUGAUUUCAGCGCUUGGACUGACAAGAUGAACUCUUGGAAGAAGCUCCUUGCCUCCAAGAAGGCUUCUGGUUCCAAGACCAACUGGAAGAAGAAGCUCUCUGCCUGGAUGCCUUCCAAGUCUGGCAAAAAGUCUUCCUGGUCAAAGAAACUCCCCUGUGACACCACCACCUCCUCCACAUGGUACCCCAAGCCUACCACCACUCCUUGCACCACUGCUACACCUACUUGGGCCCCUGAGCCUACCACCACUCCUUGCACUACCUUAAAGCCUACCUGGGCCCCUAAACCUACCUGGGCUCCUAAGCCAACCACUACCUCUACUACCACCACUACUACUACUCCUUGCCCUGAGACUAAGGUAACCACCACCACAUCUACCCACACUGCUACAUCCACCACUACCACUACCUCUACUACCACUCCUUGCACCACCUUCAAGCCUACCUGGGCUCCUAAGCCUAAGCCUACUACCACUCCUUGCUUGACCAAGACUCCUUAUGCUGUCCCCACUGCUCCUGCUUUCCUUGACGAUGGUGCUGCUGCCCAGCCUGAUGAGUUUGAUUCCCAACCCGGUCAAUUUGAAGGCUCUCCUUUUGACGAGUCCCAGUUUGAGGAGGUUUCCAAUGAUGAGCAGUUUGACUUCUCUAACAAUGCUGAAGUUGAUGAAACUGCUGAUGAUUUCCAAUUUGACGAGGCUGCUGUCGAUGAGACUUCUGAGGAAUUUGAUGCUGCAGAUGUUUUUGCCUUUUUGAGCGAGAUGGAAGGUUCUGAUGAAAACACUCUUGCUGAGCGUGACUUUUCUUCUUGGAAAUCCAAGUUUGGCUCUUGGAAAAAGAAGGUCCCCUCCAAGUCUGGUAUGAACAGCAAGCUUUCUGGCUUGAAGAACAAGGUUCCUUCCAAGUCUGGUAUGAACAGCAAACUUUCUGGCUGGAAGAGUAAGGUUCCUUCCAAGUCUGAUAUGAAUGGCAAACUUUCUGGAUGGAAGAGCAAGGUUCCUUCUAAGGACUCUCUUAAGAACAAGAAGCCUUGUUAA